AAAUACAACACUCUAGUUUAUAAACUAAAUUUUUAAACCUAACACCACAUUCAAUUUACAGUAUAUGCAAGUCAUGAUGUGUGUGAAAUUAACAGGAUUUACAAAUUAACAUUUUAAAAAUCCAAGAGACAAAUGACACAGGCAGAGAAUAACAUCAUGUAUAAUUCAACAAUUAUAAAUUGCGAAGAAUAUGUCAAAAAAUGGCAAGCAUUUUUACAGCACUGCAACGUUCAUACAUACAUUCUCAAAUUUAAAGAGCAACUUGCUCAUAAUCCAUUUCUGCAAGUGGCUACCUUUGUUGCUGUGGCGUCACUAUUAGCACCUAUUAUUCUAUUUAUUAUAUUUGCUAUUGUCAGUGCUGUAUUCGCCUUUGUUGGUUUUAUGAUGAUUCAAGUUACAGUAUUGGCUAUUGGCGCAAGUAUUUUAAGCUGCGUUCUUUUCUGCACUGCAAGUACCUUUAUAAUGAUAGGAUUAUGCAUACUUUUUAUCUAUUAUACGUUCCAUUAUACAAGUCAUGCUUUUAAUCUUUUAACUUGUAAGCCUAAAACCUGAUACAGCUGUUUAUAGACCAUUAUAUUCUUAAUAAGAAUAAAUGAGACCAUGAGUAAAAUUGAAACUUA